UGUCUCGUUCUUUUGCAGCCAAUCACACGGCCGCGCCGCAGAUUCAUCUGCCAUAACGAAACAUGGCGUCUGGAAGCGAAAAUGGAGAGCGUUUGCAUGAAAAUGCCCGCCAACUCAGACAUCAUCACUGAGCACAGCCAGGCUGAGCAGAAGAGUUCUCACCCGCCUGGGUUCUGGGACGAGCGUGGCUAUCUGGACCUGAUAAAGUACAUUCUAGUUAAUGGCAAGAGUAAAGGAGACCGAACCGGGACCGGUGUCAUCUCCGUGUUCGGGGCUCAGUCCAGAUACAGUCUGAGAGAUCAGUUUCCGUUGCUGACGACUAAGAAAGUUUUCUGGAAAGGGAUCCUUGAAGAGCUGCUGUGGUUUAUUAAGGUAAAGUCAUUCACAGAAACAUUUCAGAUUGUGCAUAUUAUUGUUUUUUGGCAUUUGUAUUUUACAACUAUCUGUCUGUUUAACUUAAAAAAAAUGUGUUGUGUGUGUUUAUCACAGGGAUCAACAAACGCCAAAGAGCUUUCAGAGAAGGGGGUGAAAAUCUGGGACGCCAAUGGAUCUCGUGCGUUUCUGGACAAGCUUGGUUUCACAGACAGAGAAGAAGGCGACCUGGGACCCGUGUACGGUUUCCAGUGGAGGCACUUUGGUGCCGAGUACAAAGACAUGCACACAGAUUACACAGGACAAGGUGUGGACCAGCUGAAAAAUGUCAUCGACACCAUCAAAAACAAUCCAGAAGACAGAAGGAUCAUCAUGUGUGCCUGGAACCCCAAAGAUCUGCCCCUCAUGGCCCUGCCGCCAUGUCACGCCAUCUGUCAGUUCUACGUGUGUGAUGGCGAGCUCUCCUGUCAGCUGUACCAGCGCUCAGCUGACAUGGGGCUGGGAGUUCCCUUCAACAUCGCCAGCUACGCACUGCUCACCUACAUGAUCGCCCACAUCACGGGACUCAAGCCUGGUGACUUUGUUCACACCCUGGGUGACGCUCACGUCUACAUCAACCACAUUCAACCUCUGGAAGUCCAGAUGCAGAGAGAAAUCCGACCGUUCCCCAAACUAAAGAUCCUGAGGAAAGUGGAGAACAUCGACGACUUCCGGGCGGAGGACUUUGAGAUCUGUCACUACAACCCUCAUCCUGUCAUUAAGUUGCAGAUGGCUGUGUAAUGAACCUGGAGCGCUGAGACAUGAGCUACUCACGUGGAUUUCCCUGACCUUCCAUGUUGAAGAAAAACACCGCCUCACUUGUUCAUCUGCAGCCAAACUUCUCCAUCAGGAAACUGGUAUCUCUGCACCGAUGAGUCCAACAUCUCACAGGAGUAACCGGGAUCCUGGGGCCGGUAGC